UGCUGUGCUGACGGCACACAUACCCACACAUUACUGCCGCGGCCCUCUGUGGUCAGAAACUACUGUGAUUUCAUGCGCUAAAAAUAUCGAAGCGUCUCCAUUGAUCAAUACACGCGCAGAAUUAGCAUUGCGAACUAUCAUCUAUUAAAUUUAAAAUUAAAGGGGAUAUUGCUUGAGCCGCACACAGGGGUGCAGAUGUAAGGGAAUAUACCUGCAGACAACAGCUGCCACACUGAUGACAGAGAAAAGGGGGAAGUCAGUUAGCUAACCACCCAAAGCUAAACUACCACUAUCAGGCGGGUAAAUGUGCGUCGAUUUGGACGGUUCAACCUCAACGUCAAGCAUCUGAACGGAGCCGGCCGUCCACUACAGGGAGUAUUUCGGAGACAGCACAACUAUGAGGAGGGUGACCGUGCGCUGUGUUGCCCAGCUCUUCCUCGCGGCGGUGUGGCUGCUGGUGGAAGAGUGUCGGGCUGAGAGCGGGGCCCCGAGUUUGUCUGAGCGAGUCAUCUGGGCUGUAAAUGCCGGCGGGGACGCGCACACAGACGUGCACGGCAUUCAUUAUAAAAAAGAUCCACUGGAAGGAAAACUGGGAAAAGCAUCAGACUAUGGUGUUCGGCUGCCUAUACUGCGCUCCAGUCCAGAGGAUCACAUUCUCUACCAGACGGAACGCUACAACGAGGAUACAUUUGGAUAUGAAGUACCCAUCAGGGAAGAGGGAGACUACAUACUGGUCAUGAAAUAUGCUGAGGUUUACUUCGCUCAGUCUCAACAAAAGGUAUUUGAUGUGCGUUUGAAUGGCCAUGUUGUGGUGAAAGAUCUGGAUAUCUUUGACCGUGUGGGUCACAGCACAGCUCAUGAUGAAAUAGUGCCAUUUUCAAUAAAAAGAGGAAAACUGAGUGUGCAUGGAGAAGUUUCCACCUUUAAUGGGAAACUCAUGGUAGAGUUUGUAAAGGGUUACUAUGACAACCCCAAGGUUUGUGCACUGUAUGUGAUGAAGGGCAAGCUAGAAGAUGUGCCUAAACUACAGCCACAUCCUGGGCUGGAGAAGAGAGAGGAGGAGGAGGAGGAAGAAGAUGAGGUUGAGGCUGGAGAAGGUGAAAAGAAGAGUGCCUCCACCGCUUCCAAGAAUCCUGUUCGGUCUGGUCCACGCACCCCCAACCCAUACGCUACUGAUAACAGCAGCCUGAUGUUCCCUAUACUAGUGGCAUUCGGGGUCUUCAUCCCCACCCUCUUCUGCCUCUGCCGUCUAUGAAAGGAAACCAAGUGAACGAGAGGGGGAGAGGAAAAGCGAUUGACAUCAGGCUGUGAAGGGGGUGGGGGGAGGGACGCACAACCGCGGGGACAGGCAGUUAUACAGAUUGAAGUUGUAACAGAUAGAGAGAAAACAAAAGAUGAUUGACGAACUCAGCAUGCAGAAAUGUGGAGUUUUGAGAGGUUGCUCCUCAUUGAAAAAGGUGACCCAGAAAAUACGAGGUUGUGAUCAUUUUUGUGUGUGUGUGUGUGUGUGUGUGUGUGUUUGUACACAUAUAAUAUCAGUUUUAGUUUGAGGAGAUCCAAGAGGUAUUGAAUAAAUGCACACCUACACUCAUGUGAGGCAGGACAAACCACUUUGCAAACCUGGUUCGUCGGGCUUGCAAGAGAUAAUAGGAAGAUUUUGGGCACUCCUAGAUCACCUAUCAUAAUUCAUAGAAAAUUAUUGGCUAGGAGUAUUUUCUGGUCACCUAUAGCAUUGAUCUGCUGUUCAUUGGCUUCCAGUGGGAGGCAGAAAUAGUAUAAGAAACUUCUGAAGCCCUUAUUGAGACAACCCUCAGUGGCAGGUAAUCUGGAGAUAUGUUAAACACUCAAAGCUUUAUUUCUCCAGCUUCUUUCAUUGUCUUCAUGAUUUAAAGAAGCAUCAAAAACUGUUAAUUACCUUAUUUCCCAUUCUUCAAUUACAUAUUUGCAUAUCAAUACAUUUUAAUCUCCAGCUGUAAAUUAUUAUUUUUCCCAUUCACAAGGACAAUUUGGUCUUAAAAUUACUACAUAUCUUCUGCAUUAAAUAAUACAUGCAAUUUUCUGCUGAAGUUGGGCAUAGUUGUUCCCCUUUAAUUAUAAACAUAAAGAGGGUCUUUCAUAAACUGGCAUUUGGGUCCCAGACAUUAAGACUGUAUUGGGCAGAAGUGCUAUUUUAAGUUUUAAAUGCCCAUAUUUCUCCACUCAUAUAGGUACAUGAUGUGUCUUGGAAAGCAUUUCAUUUGAUUGGUCAAUGUGCAUUAUUGUCUAAAUUAACAUUGCAUGGACUUUUGUCACUACCAUGUUUUCUUUUUGGCACCAUCACUGAGUUUUCCUCCAGGCCCUUUUUUUUAACCACACCACCAAAUAAACUUUUUGAUUUGUGCAUUUACACAAUACCAUCAGCUGUAGUGGAAGAAUGAAAAGUGUUUCCUGAUAAUGCUAUGAUUGAGAAAUGUCGCCAGUGGUUGAUUGCGUCCAAUGAUGCAUAGUUCAACAGAAGCAUGAAUUUUGUAUUCAAAGUGGCUUAAUUUUACUGCUGUCUUUUUAGCUCGCACUCCUUUGUGAUUUAAUGAUAAUUGCGACUGUUGAGUGGUGGCCGAAAGUGAACUUUAACCAAAUCUGGGAACAUUUGCAUUCCACCUCAUCAAUUUAAUUUCUUUGAAAAAUGCAUUAUCUCAGCAUGUUUUGUGACUAGUAUAUGUUAUGUCUUUUUGUCUAUACGAUCAUGGCUGUAUGUCAUUUUUCACCCAUGUAUUUCUAAACUGCAAUUUUGUGCAUUUUGUUUUGGUCAUAAGCUUGCCUUAAAAUGUAAUUUGUGUGCUACCAAGAGACCACCUCUCACAAUGCUGAAACCAUCUGACUCUUUCAAUAAUGACACAAUCAUGCCACUGUACUGUUUGUCUGUGUCCCGUGUGUGAGUGCUUGACCCUCUCUUUUCCAUUAUUUCAUAAAAUAAAAUACUUAUGUUGGUUUUCACCCUCUCACUAUGGGAGGGCAGCGUUUUGCCUUUCAUGAUAACAAUGAAGCACCUUUUUCAUUUAUUAGAGUGUUGGAGAGAGUUGUUUGCUUAUUGUCGCCAAAGUCAUGAUUUUUGUUUUUCCUCUUUAUGAACUUUUGCACGGAGAAUGUGUAUAUAAGGUACUUUGUUCACAUUUGUUGUGCCAUACAGUUAUUUUUCUUUUGUUGUUUGUUAUUGCUCUUACUAUUGGGGUGUCUGGAUUUUUAAAUGGCUUGUUAAAGUUUGAAGGAGUAGCCUUGAAAUUUGUUCUGGUUGUGGAAAUGGUCUUUAUAAUGACAGUGAUUUGGUUUGCAGAUAUCACAGACACUUUGACUGAUUGUCAGAAAGCGCUUGAAUCAUUUUGAGAGUAGUUAAUUUACGGUUUGAUUUCUUUUUAUGUAGUAUAAUAUAAGCAAAGUAUAUGGGUUGAAUAUUAAAAAAAUGGACACUUUGUUGUCAAAAGCAUUUGCUUUUUCCUCAGGAUCUUUAGAUUUACUAGUGGGAAUUAUUGCACUGUUGGAUGUUUGUUUGUUUUUAAAGCAUUUUUGGUUUGUUUUAAGUUUUUUGUUUUCUGUUUUUCAUUAUGUACUUUUCCCUGUUGCCUUAAAUUUGAAUACAUCCUCAUGUGCUUUAACAUUAUGUGCUCUCAGAUUUGAUCUCGGUUAAUGUGUUGCAUUGUGGUUCAGUUUUUCUUUGUUUUGUCACCUGAUCAAAAUAUACAUCUCCUUGGACAGUAGCCAAAGACCACAUGGACGUCCUUCAUUGUGCCCUCCAUGAAGAGCUCAUGUGUAUUGCUUCAUGCCACACAAACUGCUGAGUUGUCGCAGGAUGUAGUUCCUUGGAUAAUGUUAGACAUGUCUCUGUUGAACUACCAGUCCCCCUUUAACUCUCCUCCCUGUGAACUUAGCAGAACACGGGAACUGGUGAAAUGAUAGCAGAAUGGUUACCCCCAUUGUCCUAGAGAGGCUUCUGAACUGAGAACUGCAAAUUGAUGCGGUUUCUUUUUAAUAAAUGUGCUAUUUUAUCUAACUGGCCUAACUUUUUGUUUUUUUUAUAGAACAUUUGCCUUUACAAUCACUGUCACACUUAACAGUCAAUGUACAAUUAUUUAAUUUUAAAGCCACUUUUUGUAUUGUAUUGUAUUGUUACUCGUCUGCCACAAUAAUGUAAUGUAUUUGAAUGAUCAGAAUUAUUAUAUUUACUUAGGGUUCUGAUGGUCAUGGAAAACCUAGAAAUAACAGAUAUUUGCACCCUGGUGUAAAUAGUGGCAGAUACUAUUUGCACCGCUAAUUAAAUACUAUCAAACAGUGUAUGAGCAUCACUGCAGCAUGUUUUUGUGUUUAUUUUGUGUCCCACAGACACACUACAUC